AGAAACCAACCAAAAGCGCCAGUCCCAAUCUGGCGCCGAAGAACAAGCUGAAGCUCAUGAUAUCGCUGCCCCGGCCGCCCUUUGCUAGACUGGGGGGCCCCUCGGACCUUUGCUCGAUAUGGCAUGUCCAAAGGGCUAUUUUGACAAUCUUUUUUUUUCUCUCCCUCCUUCUGUCUUGCUUGACAAGGGCCCGUGCAGGUCCGUCAAUGGCGGACUGUCGGUAUAGCAUACCGCUUUCUGCAAGUCCCAGGUCCCGUUCAAAGUGCUCCGGUAGGCAGUGGAGGAUCGUUUGCAUGUACAUGUAGCCAAGACAGACCGGGAUGAGAAGCGGUUUGACGUCUAUAAAGCCAUGGGUGCGACUUAGAUGUGGACGAUCUUUUUCUUCUUUUCCUUUCCCUUUCCUCAGCUUGCUUGCUCGUCUGUCUUUCGAGAUUGAAGUUCUAGGAAUCAAUCAGUGUUUAGUCAAUUCCGACGUCUGAAGCCAUGUAUCGCAACACUUUGGCUGUGAUUGCAAGCGCCCAGCUUGCCGCUGCUGGGCUGUACCCCAACAUGACACCCGACAACCACACCUGCAUCUUGACUGACCCCGUCUUGUCCUGCUCCGAAGGCGCAGUCGCUGACAAGGUUGAUUCUUGCUGCACCGAGACUUUUGGAGGACUGGUGCUCCAAACUCAGUUCUGGGACACCAACACGGGUCUCGAAGGCAUCGGGCAGCUGCUACCUCCCUAUACCUGGACCAUUCACGGUCUCUGGCCUGAUUUCUGCAACGGCAGCUACACUCAGUACUGCGAUCUCAGCCGCCAAUAUGAUCCCAGCCCUGCUCCCAACACCACCAAUGGCAAGCCUGACGGCACCCCUGUCCCAAAAUAUACGGGAGAGUCGAUCGAGGCAUGGUUCGAGCCGUACGGAAAGAUGGAUCUCCUUGCCUACAUGAAAAAGUACUGGAUCAACCAGUACGCCCCCAACUGGGAGCUCUGGGCCCACGAGUUCUCCAAGCACGCCACCUGCUUCUCGACCUUUGACAAGGAGUGCUACGGACCCAAGGCCAACGAGCACGACGACCUCUUCCAGUUCUUCGAGACCGUCAUCUCCUACUACAAGGUCCUCCCCACCUGGGGCUGGCUCUCCGCCGCCAACAUCCGCCCUUCCAACACCACCUCCUACUCCCUCUCCGACGUCCAGGAUGCUCUGACCCUUGGAUACGGCGCCGUCCCCUUCAUCGGCUGCGGUGGCCCCAAGUACAACCAGACCGAGGCCGGCAAGGGAUCUCUCGACAACGGCGGCACUCAGCUCAACGAGGUCUGGUACUACUACCACGUCUAUGGCUCUCCUCAGCGCAACCAGGGCCUGCGAGUCCCUGCUGACAUUGCUGGCGGCUCGGUAUCGUCUUGCGCAAAGACUCCUGGUGCUAUCUGGUACUAUGAGCGUGCCGCCGGUAGCGAGACUGCUUAA